AUGGCGCCCACUCUCACAGAGGAUGAGAUUGACGAUCUCAUCUUUUUCUCUCGCGCGGGAGACGACAGUGAGCUUCAAGACAGUCUGAAAGUGCUAGCAGAGAGAGAGAAGGUAUCAGAGGCGGAGAUUAUCUCGGCGGCUCAGGAUGAGGGAAAGUCUACGUGUUUGCACAUGGCGACGGGGAACGGACAUCUGGAAACGGCCAAACUGCUUCUUGCGCGCUUCACCGAGCGCCCCAAGGAGGAGAAAAAGCAGUAUGUGGACGCGGCCAACGAGUAUGGAAACACGGCGCUGCACUGGGCGGCGCUUGGCGGCCACUUGGCUGUGGUGAGGAUGCUUGCGGAGGAGCACGGCGCGACGCAAGCGGUGGCCAACGACCGCAACUACGUGGCGCUGGACCUGGCACAAUUUAACGGUCACGAGGAUGUGGCGGCGUACUUCCUGAACCAAAUCAAGGAUCUCGAGGGGAAAACGGAACGGAUGGAGGCCUAG